AUGCCAGACAAGUCUAUUUUACACAGUUUCCCCUACCCGGUCUACCAACUCAAAGCUGUUAGUUCCGAAAUCCUUCUGGCUGCGGGUGGAGGUGGGGCAUCAAAGACUGGAGUCCCGAAUCGAAUCGAUGUUGUGAAAAUAGUUCGACCUACUGAAAUGGUUUCUGGUGACUCAAACAGUGCGAGUGUAAUAGUUCCGCCGGAAGCCUCAGUAAGUCCUUGUGCCUUUUACUCCUUGUUUAUUUGUACACAGCAGUCUCUUGCGGUCCAUUUAUGCAUACUUGCUAACAUCGUAAAGGCUCUGAUUUGUCCUCCGUCCAAGCCACAUUGAUUAAGUAAUUACGAGGAGCAUACUGCGAGACUCGUCUUUAUUAAACACUUAGGCGCUAACGGGAAGGGAGAAGGGACUGAGUACUUCGGGACAGAAAAUCGAGGCUACCCAAACGUUUGCUUCUAGCUACGAGGUGAUGCUCUUUCGAAUACUGACGUCUAAAAUGAUAGGACAAAUUUCCUUUGAAGAUUCUUCUAUCGAUUAGUGGUAAUUUUUUUUCAAAAACUGCGUAGCCAACAUACCUCAUGAGUUAAUUUCGAGUUUUUUAGGAAGCUAAGUGCUUUGAAUUUAAAGGGGUGUAUGGAAAAUUCCAUUCUUGCAGUCCUCUCUUUGGAUAUAUGGUCCCCUUGCAAAUCAAUAUUUGAGAAAGAGAAGAAAUAUGCAAAACGCAGAAUUUGCUGACAUCCUCAAACUAAGAGACCUAUUAUUCGGCGGCCAACAGUCGCCGUACGUUGGCUAAUAUCCCUGACUCUAUCAUCUGUCACGCCCAACUUUCUAGUCGUUCCCACAUAACGUUCGUCCCUCGCCCAAUUCGCCCACCUGCUGUUUAUCGUCCGCAACCUCAGCCUUGUUCUAUGUUGCCUUCACGCAGCACGCCUAUCCUUGCUGAAAUAUGCGAAGACCGUUUUCAUGCAAAUAAGAGGGUGCGAGAUUUCCCGACGUCCUUAACUGUUACAGUGUGAACCUUGUAUAUCUUUACCUCGAGAACAAAAUACUUCAAAUCACUAUUCAUAUCUUCAGGAAUUGCUAAAAAAGGUACAAGGGAGACUGGAAUGGGUGUCCAUAUCAUUGACCAACGCACUCUCCCUGUGCUGAUUGUUCACUUUGUGGCUGAGUCCGGGAGUGUGCAAUUGCAUGAGUGUUAUACACCGAUCCCUCCUGACUUCAGAGUCUACAAUAAAGAAGCAAUUACGUGGAAAAGAGACCCUGAAACAGCCACUUUCUUACUUAAUUGCCGUCCCCAGGGGGUAUUUCCGGUCUCCUCCGAGACGACGUGGGCGCUUAGCUAGAUAGUAUGCCGGCAGAAAUCAUCGCAACUAUCAAGGCCUACUACCGCUCAACCAUCGCGCGAUCUCUCAUAGCCAUUUAAUAUUUGGUCUGGCGUUCGGUAAGGUUGUAUCCUGUCCCCAUUCUGUUCAACUACGCCAUUAAUUGGAUUCUCGUUACCGUCCUUCACGAAGUUGACGGUGUUGAGUUUGUACCCGGCCGCCGGCUGACUGAUCUCGACUACGCUGAUGAUGUUGCUUUACUAGCUUUAAGCUUUGGCGAUCUACAGUCUAUGGUGUCACGGAUGAAUUAGGUUGCUAAAUCCGUCGGUUUAUCCAUAAAGGCUUGGAAGAUCAAAGUGUUUUCAACCAAAUCCCUGACCAGGAGGAGGCACCUCUUGAGAUUACUGUCUGUCAAUUUGAAGUAGACAGUUUUAAAUACCUUUGGGGCGAGGCUGGUGCUGAAUGGACAGAGUAAGGACAUUGUCUCCCGAAUCUAUGCCACUUGCCAGGUUUUCUCAAGCUGUAGAAAGUGUCUUUUGUCCCGACGCAACAUCUCCAUCGCUACGACGAAUCGUGUGUACCAGUCAUCCGUCCGAUCAGUCCCUCUGUAUGGUUGGGAAUGCUAGGCUGUGCGCGUGGAAGAUUAACGAAAACUGGAGGUGUGUGACCACCACUGCUUGAGGACCAUUCUCCGAGCGAGUUACACUGACUGCUUCUCAAAUGAGACAGUGCGUACUCUCUGCGACAACAUCGAAGGGAUAUCUUAGGCUAUUCAAGAAAGAUUACGAUGGUCCGGACACGUUUUUCUUCGUUCACCUCACCAGCUCUGUGUUGCUGCCCUCGAUCCGGCACUGUUAUCCACUUGGUGGCGCCGAAGAAGAGGUCAAUUCAAAACCCUGCUCCACACAGUUCGUCACGACAUGCAAGUGGUUCUCGGACCGUCGUUACUUAGUAACCGUCGCUGGCGGAGAGAAUGGGUUGAUUUGUGCAGAUCUGCUACGGCGGAUGGUCAAGCGCGGAGAAGUACAGUCCAUGACAUCAUCGAGAACGGCUAGAUCAGACGUGAUUGCAGCCAUACCAAGUACAAGUAACUGCUUCGCUCAACAGUGAGAGCGUUGCUAAAUUAUCUUCGGUCAGAUAAGGUUAUGUAGCCGCACCUGAGGUAAAAAAAAACCAGCCGCCUGCAAUACGGGACCGGUGAUAAUAGGUGGUUUAACAGGUGGGACCGGAGAACGCACAGGCGACGAGGUGAAGUAAUUGUAUGCAAAAGAAAAGCUAUUGGGAAUGGGCAGUUGCACUUUAAGUGGUGGAGAAAUAGUUGCCCUAACCCAUAACAGUAUUGUCUCCAUCGGGUGCGGCCGCUUAACCAUAUCUUACCUCACAUUUAACAUGGGUUCAAACCUCUAGUGAGCAGUCUGUAGUUGAGGUAUCAUCGCUUGAUGACGGCAAAUAGAUCAGAAGGGACUAUUCUGGCCUCGCGCACGCAAGCUCAUGGCAUACAUAUUGCGUAUAGCGGCCUUCCACAAAGUGCGUAGAUAAAUAUGCAUAUCUUGCUGUCGUGGGUAGUUUCUUAACUUCUGAACUGUCUUGAACCUGUGAAUGCCUUUAUUAGAUAAAAACCGGAUGCUAGGCGAUUCCGUGUCAAAAUGUCCCGGAACUGCGAAUUUCUCCGAACACCAGUUAUACGUUUGCAAAUCCUCACCCUCAAAAGCACAUGCUCUCUUUAAAAGGGCUUUAGAAAGGCCGUUUUCGCCAGUCUUUUCUGCGAAGCAUAUACUUGCCUUCUUACCACAUUAACGUUUUUAUCAAGCAAGUUUAUUUGAAGUGCCUGGAGUGACACUCGAUUACUGUGAGAACGUCCCACUCCUAUUCAUCAACUAAGCCGUUAGAGAACUCUUUGCUGAUUCAAAUUAGUCCUCGUUAUAUUUUCUGUUAAGGAUGUGGAAGGGGAGUUUGUUGGUUGAGCUCUCUGACGUUUUCUAGGAGUUUGAGUUAGAGCUACGAGAUCCUCAACAGGAAAAACAAUUUUAAAGCAAAAACUAACCACACACAUCCGGAACUGGUUUUUGUGGCUGUCGGAAAUUUGUGUGCUGCUCUGUAUCUCGGAGCCAGAACGCAUUGCACUUGGCAGUUUGGGGGAGCGAUCUUAGUUCUUAUGUUUGUCAUUUUUUGGCUGGAUUUCACCACACCGUUCUAUCAUGCUCCCUACUCGUUAAGUUACUGUCAUGAAGGGGAUAGCGAAUGUGGGACUUGCCUUUGUCUUUACAGCGCCACCUAAGACAAAUCUAUUACACGACUGACAGGAAUUAUAGUUCUAAUGGCUCCUUUAUGAGCCUGCACUGAUCCACCUGUCUUUGUCACUGUCAGAUUAUCGGUGGAGUGGAGACGGAUUCGGAAGCCGUGAUGCAUAUGGCUCUGUCCGCGAGCUCGUCCGGCGCCGCAGUCCUCUUCACUUUGGAGGGGUCAACCUGCCAGGAAUACCUAUUCUGCCCUGCGAAGCAUUCCUCCCCGCCGGGAGUGGCUAAUGUCGUGGACUUAGACGAGCAAGACUUUAAGGUGGAUUCAACUACUCCUAAGGUCGAUGAUUCUUCAUCAUCGGAGGAAGUUAUUCAAAAUGGAGCACCAGGCAGUUUGUUAAGCAACCAACGCAGCGACAAAAUGAGAAGUAAGUGCCCAGGAACGUUCUCACAUUGCUCCCUGGAUUGAAAUUGAUACACAUUUCUAAGUAUUGUUUUUUUUUCAAAUCUACUCCAUGCUCGGAUGCACUUGCAGCCAAGGAAUCCAGUUCAGUUAGCAAAUGCGAAUACAGUUGUGUAACUGAGGAGGCCUGGGACUGUCAUGGCUUGAGAAAAGUUAGCGUUUCACCGACUACCGCACUGAUUGAACGCAAACGACUGGACAGCUGUAGUAGCACAAACAGCCAACUCUCUGCUUCCUACAUGGAUGAUGAGCUCAACUGUAUUGCCUCCGGUGGACCAGGUAAUGCCUGGUGCGCCAUCGGCACUAUCCAUGGGGGUGUUGCUGUUAUCGAUCGGUACAUCACAACGGAGUCUUCGCAUUUGGCAUCGUCGCCGUUGCCUACUAGCUCCGCGCUGAUGCCCUCUUCUUCCUAUACAUUCACUUUUGGUGACUGCGAUGAAGUUGAGGAGACCCCCUUUCCAAUGAAGGUGAGUAUAUUUGUAGAGGAAUUUAGGUUUUUUAGAAAACAAAUCCCACUUUGAGGUGUUAUCUUAUGUCUUAUGACUUUUCUCCUCAUGACUGAUGUUUUGGACGUCAAACAGCUACGGGGCAGAGCAUUCGACAAUUCGACCUGGUUGCAAAACGGAGUAUGAGUAUUAUGUUUUACUUUGUGGCUCAUGACCGUGGUUUCGCAGGCCGUUGUAUAACGGCGAUCGGCCAACGAUUUGGAAGUAUUAUCGACCAAAUAGGGUUAGGGGUUGGAGUAUGGUUAUUUGGCGUUGAGAAAUAAACCAAGAGUGAUUGCUCGUCGCCCGUUAUAUUUUUCAGCGGUAUUUUUGACGAGUUCUUGCUUUCCUACUUUCCUCGGUAGUCAUUAUUAGCUCGGCCUGUUAAAACUUUCGAACUUUGGGAUGUUGAAGCCCUCUUUUGGUAGUCGUUAUCUAACUGAACCUUCGUUUCAAGUUCUAAAGAACACCAUGACUGGAAUCUUCCUCAAGUUGGUCUCCUCCUUGUCCACUGAGCUAGCUACACUUUUUAGCAUCGACGACUGUAUAGUAAUCACCUAGACAUCCACUGAGGGCCUCGGGACGUGUAGUUAGUAGACGCUAGCUGUUAUCAAUACAACCAUGUGUUCAUGCCCUAGUGGCAAUGCCGUUGCACUCCCAAUAAUCGGAGCUCAGGAGCCUGUUGUUAAAUAAUGGCGUUUUACCUCUUUUUUCUAUGUACUCUAGUGAAAUACCUGUGCUCAACCCGAAGACUUUCUGAACAAACAAUUUAAAAAUAACUUACUCCGCUUGUGGAUCUAGAAACACUUCUCUUUUCCGCUGAAAGGGAGAGCGCACAAGCAAUCUGCUUUGCCACCAAACAGCACAUUUUGGCAGUAGCGCAGCAUGUGCAACAGUAAAGUGCUACGUCAGCAAGUCAGUCACCUGCUCUGUUUAAACCUUAUCUUGCAUCUGUAACCGGCACCUUUCUCAUACUCACAUCAUGUUACGGGUUGCGUGGGCGUGUGUCUACGUACUAGUGUGCAUUCUUUCUCUGUGUCAAAACAAAGGCCUUUCAUAGGGCUUCAUUUUCUUUUUACAUAAUUGUGGUUAUAAUCGCCUUAUCCUCAGGCAUCACAACGGUUCAGGCCACUCCUUGGAGUUUUGCGAAAUGGAGUAUAUGGCCUCACAUAGCCUAAAUGAAGGUCAUACACUGCUGCGAUGUCUUGCCCUUUUCGUACAGUUAUCAGCUCCAUUAAGUAAUCCCAACAGAUUCCAAUAUUCAUAAAGUUUAUGUCAAAUAGGUGAGAUUUCCAUUAAAUAGACCGCUGACAAACUCCUGCCCGUCGCCAUGCACACGCAGAUGUUCUUUGCAGUCACAGAAACCGUCUAGAUGGAUGAAAUGCUGCUUCUCUUCUCUCCCCCAUACAGCCCUUCUACGCUCUGUCGGAUGUGAGUGGCGGCAGGUGUGCGCCAGUGUGUGAUCUAGCCCUAUCAGGGUGUAGAUUCACUGAGGGUCCCGAGGAAAUCCAGUUGGUCCCCCUUCUGGCCACUAUCAGCGGGCGACCGGUUGGCAGCCUGCUUCGCAUUUGGCGUAUCUGCGGCCCCGCGGUGACGGCUUCGGCAGCGUCUACCACCACCACCACCACCAGCAUCGCCAGCAGCUGCAGUGAAGACUGCUCCCUCACCACUAGACACCAACGGAAACCUAAAAAGAGUGUUACUAUCGUCGACGACCCGAGUCGUAAUGGUUCAUCAGAGCACGAAAAUGGAGUUACCGGUGGCCAUAGCGCUCUCGAGGACAGUAAACUCGCACACCUCCUUCACGCUGAGUUCCGUAUGGAGAGCUCUGUUCUGGUUACCAAACAGAAGGUACGUGUGUAAUUAAUGUGCUUCCUCCAUGUCUAUGCCGACCUCGCAGCUAGUUUCUCAUGCAACUAACUUUAAUGCCGUGUGCAACAAAGAUCUUCUUAACCGUAAUUCAGAUAAUAUUUUUCGUUUCACAAUCUGACUUCAGAUGGAUAUCUUACGAGCUUGAAUUGGUUUCAAAUGCGAGUUAAGACAGUUUUACUUUUUGUAAAUAUGAAGCAGCACGUUCACACUUUGAGCCAGACUAACCAGUGCAUUUAACGAUCCCAAAAUCCAACAAUAAGGUGGGGCUAAUUAUUAUUUUCAUUGGGAUAGAUUUUGGUAGGACCUUCCCUAGACGCCUGAAUUAGCGUUCGCCCCUUUUAAACCGCGGGUCAUGAAAAACCCCGACAGCUUACUACCUUGUAAUCUCAAAUAACGUCGAGAUCGAGUAGAUUUCUCACGCUAGUAGUGGAUUUUGCCGUUUCUGACCGCCGCACGUCGUUACCGACAAAAAUCUGAAGCCGGUGAAACAUUUUGCCUUAUUUUUGUGGCACAUGGAGUGCGUUUGUUUAAUGCCCUCUCCCGGCACCUUCAGUGUACCCUGAGGCCCUAUGUACUCUCCCAUCCUCUACCCCAUUUCCUCAGACGUCAACAGCCCGAUCUCACUUGGAGACUGGUACCCGCUUUCGACACUGUGAGUUCCUCCGUUGGAUCCAUCGAUCUGCGCCUAAACAUUCCGGCGGCAGUGGUGACAAUACGUCAGUAAUCAGUACCUUCCUUGUAGCCACUGAACAGCCCAUCAGUCCCAACUGCAAGAGCAUCUGCUGUCUCUCUGUAUGGCGGGUUCCCAUGUUGCCUGUUGGUUCAACGCCACCAUCUCCACCGAUAAGCCUGGAACGCUUUGCUAAGGUUGAACUGCCACCCGGCCAACUGCCGGCCUGCAUCGCUGUGAAUCCCAGUCGCACCCGUGGCCUCGUUGCUCUGGGUAGUAUGGAAGGCAGCGUAGAUGUCUUUUUGUAAGUGCGCAUGCCCUAUGCAUUUAUUUAAAGCCUAACGCAAUUAUGUCGCUUACUGCAUGUCUACCUGGUAAGCUGGAGUUUUUGGAGUCGUAUCGGGGAUUCCGUCUUUCGGGACUGCUGUUUCAUCGAGGGUCACUGUUUAAGCAUUCAAGAUUGUCAUACUAUUAAUGCUGAUGCACGUCGACCAGUAUUUCGCCCGCGAACAGUUUUCAUUUACUCUACUCCCUCGACCGAACGUUGCGCACGCGCGGUCGUUAUCUAACUCGAAGUGCCUUGCACGUUCAAAUUAGAUGCGGUUGUAAUGGGCAACAAUGCAAAUAAGAGCAGACAGAUUAAAGGCCUGACGGUAUCUUCGAAAAGGUUUGGUCUAGCUAGUCUGCUCGUCCGUGAAAAUCCUCACUUAAAACAUAUUAGACGCUUAGCCCGGCCACAGCCAGUGGAUACUGACAAGCAGCAUACUUAUCCCAAAAGACGCGGUCGCAAUCAGCUGGAGCUAGCCAUUAAUCUGGACGUAGCAGUCAGGAAGUAACAUGUUUGCAGACUAUGCGACGUCGAGAAACACUUGAGAGCUGAAAUUUUUUUGUCGUGCGACGACCCCGAACUGCUGACUUCUUUGUUUUGUCCCGCCACACAACGCAUAUGGUUUCGAUUCACCCCGAAGCCGAAUAUUUAAUAAUUUAUACAGAUAUUGUCAUGUCCUAGUAUCUGCUGCGAGAUAACCUAGAGGGUGUGCCCCAGUUCGACCCAGUGCUUUCGUUUUAAGAUACCCUAAAGGUCGCAGUCGACGAGACUACAAUGUGAUCAUUCUCCUGAAACCCAUGCUUGCAUGGUUGCCACGUAUUUUCGUUGGGCAGACGUCUGCUUUUGGUCCUCGACCUUGGAAGUGAUCUGUUAAACAUUCUGCUCAUCAUAUUCGUUUCCCUGGACUACUGUUAUUCAGCUGGCGUUUGACUAUCUACCCCAAAAAGGAUACAUUCAGAAGUAUGCUCACUUCGCUUAUUUCUUGAUGGUAAUGUAUGCCAUAAGGCCACAGAAAAAGUAAACCUGCUAACUUAGCACGGCGGCAUAAUGGGGAUUUAGGUAUAUCGAUAUGGUACCAGAUCUCAUCACAGGUAUGGUUAUACAGUCAAAGUUCAAUACUCGAAUGACUCAAGACUUAGUAGGAAAUUAGAUAGUACCAACAAAGGCAAGGAACACCGGAAUGGCCAUUUAUGGCUUAUUAGCCGUCAUAAGCCAGUCAUACUCAACCCCAAGUGUGCCUCACUUGAGAUUCGAACCCGGGAUCCCUUGUCAUGGAGUUUGACACUCCACCAUUGACCAAAGAUCCCGGGUUCGAAUCUCAAGUGAUCUACAUUCGGGGUCGGGUGUGACCGGCUGAUGACGGCUAAUAAGCUAGAAAUGACCAUUCCGGCCUUCCUUCUGUUUGUCGGUACCAUCUCAUUAUGUCUACAACUAGUCGCUGUGCGACUGCCUGCGAGAGUUCUAGUAUGAGCCCUAAGGCACAGAGGAACGAGCCUGUUCCGUAACCUGAUCGGCGAGCGCCCAUCUGCCAUAUUUAGUAGGAAAUGUACAGUUCAGUAAUGUCUUCGUUAAUAUGGAAUUACAUGAUUGUGGGUUGGUUAUGGUUGUCCCGUUUUUGCGGCCAGUAUGAGCGACAUUCGACGGUGACGUUGGAAUGGUGUUGGGGACCGCCUCGUUCACGGAAUAAUAUGGUCUGGAUUUUGAUUUCAGUGCGUAGUUAUAUUUCACUCUAGCCGAGUUGUCUUCUGUUUCUCUGCAACGAGCAGUUAAGGUAGACCAGACAGUGGCAGAAUCCUUGAGGUGGUCAUUAUAUUUCUUUGCAGGUCGCGCCUCCGCAAUGGUUUGUAGUCUCGGCAAAGACCUUUAUGUACCAAAAUAUCGGCGACCGAUUUAAAUACUAGCGUAAUCGUGGGUAUUUUUUGGUCUGACAUAUUCAUUAUAUUUUUUUAAACGUUUCGUGGGAGAAUCACUAAGGCCUACUGCUGAUCGUUAACCCCCUUGAGACGGCUGUCUCUGAUCGCCUUUCUUGCUACAACCCUCCUCGGCGCACGUUUUGAACCUAUUCUCCUUCACUCUUGAACACAGGGUUUCUCUGAGGAGCCAAAGCCUGGUGAAGGUCUACAGCAUGCCCACUGCUCACCCCAUCUUUGUGACAAGCCUGACCUUCCUACCACCGCGGGAAUCACACCUGGGGGCUGAUGAACCCACUUACUCUACUGGGCGGGCAGUCGUGCCGCAUUAUGAACUCGUCAGUGCGAGUGCUGACCGUGUUCUACGUUGGCAUCCGGGGCCCUCGCUGCGCCAGAUUGCCGCACUCUCAAACAAUCUCCGCCGCGAAGGCCGGAACUCUUGCGCGCUGGCCAGCUCCUUCCUCGUCCUCCUCACUCUCCUGCCCCUCCUUCUUGGUUUGGCCGACUAUCUGCUCUCCAUGCUUACUUGA